AUGCAGCACCCACUCUCACCCGGUGUUGUGGCCUCAGCGCUCCUCGCUUGCCCGGGCGUAGCGGGCUGCAGUAACAGCACGACCUCGUCCUGUUGCCAAGCUUUGGAAGGUGCUGGUGUUGGUGUCAUUUACCCUGGUAGUGAGCUUUAUGGGAACCGUACCGAGUCAUACUGGUCCGUCACAUCUCAGCUGACACCUUGGUGCAUUGCCCAACCAACGUCUGCACAAGAAGUGUCCACAGCGGUGGUCACCUUAGUCCAGGAUACAUCAUGUCAAUUCGCUAUCCGCAGCGGUGGGCACUUUAUCUGGCCUGCGAACAAUAUCGAGGAAGGUGUCACUGUCGACUUGGGUCUAAUGAACGCAACCACGUAUGACGAAGAAACACAGGUAGCGUCGAUAUACCCAGGGUCAAGAUGGAGAGGUGUCUACGAGACGUUGGACCCACAUAACGUCACCGUUCCUGGAGGCCGUGCUGCUUCAGUCGGCGUUGCUGGAUUCCUCACGGGGGGUGGUAAUUCCUUUUACUCGGCUCGAAAAGGAUUCGCAUGCGACAAUGUAGUCAACUUCGAAGUUGUGCUGGCUAACGGGGAAAUCAUCAAUGCUAACGCUACCGAUAACUCUGACCUCUUUCAAUCCCUCAAGGGCGGUCAGUCCAACUUCGGAAUCGUCACACGAUUUGAUAUGCAAGCCUUCGAUGCUCCUCCGUUGUGGGGAGGUGUUGUGCAGUAUAACAAGACCACAGGCCCACAACACAUCGAUGCAUAUGUCGAUUGGACGAACAACGUCCAGAAUGAUGUGAAUGGCUCAACAAUCAUUUUCUGGUCUUAUCAGCCUGCGCUGAAAGAUAUUGUCAUUAUCGCCGCCUACGAGGAUACUGGCGGCAAUGUGGCUGCUCCAGCAUUCGACCAGUUUCUCGCUAUUCCUGGGAACCUUUCGAGCACAAUGAGGAUUGCCAGUCACCUAGAGCUCACCAACGAACUCGAGCAACCGACAGGAUACCGAGAUAUCUGGUGGACCGGCACAAUCAAGAAUGACAAGCGCGUGUACGAGAAGAUUAUUGAGCUUCAUCAGGAGCUCUGCGACUUUAUGGCCGCUCAGUCACCUGAUGGCGAUUUCGUUACCCAGGCUAUGUUCCAGUCCAUCCCGACCAUCUUCUCACAGCACGGCGUAGAGAAAGGCGGCAAUGUGCUUGGCCUCGACCGCGAGACCGAGAAUGUGGUCAUGUUGCUCUUCACCCUUGCCGUCAACGGGGAAGAGCAACAAGCAGUUGCUCAAGAGCAGAUGAGAAAGUUUGGAGAAGCGACUAUGGAGUACGCUAGUAGCAUCGAUGCUGCAGUGGAGUGGGAGUACAUUAACUAUUCAUACGAUUACCAGAAUCCUCUGGCGAGUUACGGUGAUGCAAACAUCGCUAAGAUCCGAGCAGCAGCAGCAAAGUACGACCCUUCCGGAGUGUUCCAGACCCGUGCUCCUGGUGGUUACAAGAUCACUCGAAGCAGUGGAACAGUAGCAUAA